AUAGAAUGGGGCCACCAAAGAAAUCUAAAAAAGAUAAAUUUAAUUCCGAGAAAUUCGGGAAAAAACGCAGGGCCGAAGAUGAUGCUUACACACAACUUGUCGAGGAUAAUGACUCCAUGGAUUUUAGUGAGAGUGACGGUGUACCAGGAGCUGCUUCAAAAAAUGCCGAAACCAAUGAUGAUGGCAUUAUGACCGAUGAAUAUGGAGCCAAAGAUUAUCGUGCUCAAAUGGAGUUGAAAAGUGACCACACAAAUCGCCCCCUGUGGGUGGCUCCAAAUGGUCAUAUAUUUUUGGAGUCAUUUUCUCCAGUGUACAAGCAUGCUCAUGAUUUCCUUAUAGCCAUAUCGGAGCCAGUGUGUCGUCCAGAACAUAUUCAUGAAUACAAACUCACCGCAUACAGUUUGUAUGCAGCUGUGUCUGUGGGAUUGCAAACGCACGACAUUGUUGAAUAUCUAAAACGUCUUAGUAAGACAUCUAUACCAGAAGGAAUUGUGGAAUUCAUAAAGUUGUGUACCUUAUCAUAUGGAAAAGUCAAGCUGGUAUUGAAGCAUAAUCGCUACUUUAUAGAAUCACCACAUCCGGAUAUAUUGCAAAAAUUGUUAAAAGAUCCUGUCAUCCAGCAAUGUCGUCUUAAGAGAGAAGAUGGAGAAGCUUUCAUACAGGGUACCUUAGAAAAGCAAGCAAUUACACAAUUCGGCACAAAAAUUCCCGAAGGUACUGCUAAACCUGACGCCAAAACUAUGCCAAAUGCUCCGGCAACAACAAAUGCAGAUGGUACCACUGCUGUUCCCGAUGAUAUUACAAACUUUUAUGACAAAAUUGAUAACGAAGAGGAAGAUGAGGACGAAGCAAACUUAAAUACGGUUUCUUUUGAGGUUAGCCAGGAAAAAAUUGAAGUUAUUCAAAAACGAUGUAUUGAAAUAGAACACCCGCUGUUAGCGGAAUAUGACUUCCGCAACGAUACCCAUAAUCCGGACAUAAACAUUGACUUAAAACCUGCUGCUGUACUUAGGCCUUACCAAGAGAAAAGUCUUCGAAAAAUGUUUGGUAAUGGGCGUGCGAGAUCUGGCGUUAUCGUUCUUCCUUGUGGUGCAGGUAAGUCUUUGGUUGGUGUGACUGCCUGUUGUACUGUCCGAAAACGAGCUUUGGUCUUGUGUAACAGUGGUGUAUCUGUGGAACAGUGGAAACAGCAAUUUAAGAUGUGGUCUACGGCCGACGACAGUAUGAUUUGCCGCUUUACCUCCGAAGCUAAAGACAAACCCAUGGGUUGUGGUAUCCUGGUAACAACAUACUCUAUGAUUACUCACACCCAGAAACGAUCAUGGGAAGCGGAACAAACCAUGCGUUGGCUGCAGGAACAAGAAUGGGGUAUAAUGGUGUUGGAUGAAGUACAUACUAUUCCAGCAAAAAUGUUUCGAAGAGUAUUGACAAUUGUUCAAUCUCACUGCAAACUUGGUCUAACUGCCACUCUUUUGCGUGAGGAUGACAAAAUCGCUGAUCUUAAUUUCCUUAUCGGUCCCAAGCUGUACGAAGCGAAUUGGUUGGAAUUACAAAAGAAAGGUUAUAUUGCACGCGUACAAUGUGCCGAAGUGUGGUGCCCCAUGUCUCCAGAGUUUUAUCGAGAAUACCUUACAGCGAAAACGUCAAAGAAAAUGUUAUUAUAUGUUAUGAAUCCAUCGAAAUUCCGCAGUUGUCAAUUUCUUAUAAAGUACCACGAGAUGCGAGGGGAUAAAACAAUUGUCUUCUCCGAUAAUGUAUUUGCCCUGAAGCAUUACGCCAUUAAAAUGAACAAACCAUUUAUUUACGGUCCCACGUCCCAGAAUGAACGUAUACAAAUUCUGCAAAAUUUCAAAUUUAAUCAAAAAGUUAACACUAUUUUCGUAUCCAAAGUGGCAGAUACUAGUUUUGAUUUGCCAGAAGCAAAUGUUUUGAUCCAAAUCUCAUCGCAUGGCGGUUCUCGUCGUCAAGAAGCCCAACGUCUUGGUCGUAUUUUGCGUGCUAAGAAAGGAGCCAUUGCUGAGGAGUAUAAUGCAUUCUUCUAUACCCUGGUGUCACAAGACACAAUGGAAAUGAGUUACUCCCGCAAACGUCAACGUUUCUUGGUUAAUCAAGGUUACAGCUACAAAGUAAUUACACAUCUCAGUGGUAUGGAUACGGAUCCCGAUUUGUUUUAUAAAAAUCGUGAAGAACAAACUCAGCUGUUGCAACAGGUGUUGUCUGCCUCUGAUUUGGACUGUGAGGAUGAGAAAAUUCCUGGCGAACCUGGCUACAGGCCAAGUAGUUCCACAGGUGCUAAACGUGCCGGUGGUCUUAGUUCUAUGUCGGGUGGUGAUGAUGCUGUUUACUAUGAACAUCGUAAAAAGAACUCAGGAAAUAUCCAUCCCUUAUUUAAGAAGUUCCGCGGAGUUUAG